CCUUGUGGAUCGCGCUGCACCACAAGAUCCGGUGCCCGCUGGCCAGUUGACUCGAUGGCCGCUGUUGAUCCAGAUGAUCCUAUUUGGUACCUGAUCCCGGUGCCCGCUGUCGUGCCAAUUGACUCAGAGCCCACUGUGUCGUACCUGGUGACUUCGGUGCCCACUGCCUUGCAGAUGACGCGGUGCCCCGCUGGCAAGCCCAAAUGACUGAUGUCCUGGUGACCUAGUGUCCGCGCUGUCAUACCUGAUGACCGAUUGCCCGCUGUCGCAGCCGAGACAAUCGGGUACUGAUGAACCCGGUGCCCACGUGACCCCAGUGCCUGUUUUGACUCGGAGACCACUGCCUUGCCAGAAUGACGCGGUGCCCGCUGUCGAGCCAAAUGACCUGAUGCCUGGUGAC